UUCUGUGACUGUGAGUCUGUUGAGGUAUUGAAGAAGAAGAAGCCCAGCUGAAAGGCAUUUGUUUGUGCCAGGAACCAUCUAAAUCCCAGGAGAGGUGUGACAGCUUCAUCAAAGAGAAUACCUUUUUUUGGCUGGGUGAGUCCAGUAUCAUGGAGAAAUUCAAGGCAGCCAUGGUUCUGGGUGCUGUUGGUGAUGCAUUGGGCUACAGAAAGGGCCGUUGGGAAGGCUGCACGUCAGGCAAGAAGAUCCAAGAGGAGCUGGCCUCUCUGGGGGGACUCGAGGUCCAGAAACUAGACCCAGAUAACUGGCCCCUGAGUGAUGCAACGCUGAUGCACAUCACCACAGCAGAAGCACUCAUAACAGAUUACUGGUGUCUGGAGGAUCUGUACCGGGAGCUGGUGCGUCUCUAUGUUGAAGCCAUGGUGUCUCUCCAGGGCAGAGCCCCUGAUCCGACUACAGUGGAGGGCUGUGUUCACCUCAAACCUCACAACUUCCUGCUCGCCUGGCAUACACCCUUCAAUGAAAAAGGAUCUGGGUUCGGGGCAGCUGCCAAGGCCAUGUGUGUGGGUAUGAGAUACUGGCAACCUGAGAGAAUAGACAACCUGGUGGAGGUCAGCGUUGAGAUUGGGAGGAUGACCCACAACCAUCCCACAGGUUUUCUAGGCUCCCUGACAACAGCACUGUUUGCAUCCUAUGCGAUCCAGGGGAAACCUCUCGUGAUGUGGGGCCGCGAGCUCAUGAAGGCCAUCCCUCGGGCUGAGGAGUACUGCAAGAAGACCAUACGACACUUGGCAGAGUAUCAGGAAAACUGGUUCUACUUCGAGGCAAAGUGGCAGUUUUACUUGGAAGAGAGAGAGAUAGAGAGGGAAGAACAGAAUAAACCUUCCUUUCCUGAUCGCUAUGACGCGGAGGAGACAGACAAGAUUUAUAAGCACUGGAGCUCAGAGGGCCGUGCGGGCCGCAGAGGUCAUGAUGCCCCCAUGAUAGCCUACGAUGCCCUGCUGGCAGCAGGGAGUGACUGGGCUGAACUGUGUAAACGAGCCAUGUUUCAUGGAGGUGAGAGUGAAGCCACAGGCCUGAUCGCAGGAUGUCUCUACGGCCUCAUGCAUGGCCUGACUCAGGUUCCCCCAAGCCUGUACCAGGAUUUGGACAAAAGAGGGCAUCUGGAGGAGCUGGGAGAAAAGCUUUACAAAGCAGCCACUGCAGAGAAAUGCACAGACAAGUAAUCCUGCCCUUCAUUGGCCUGAACUGGCUAUCAAAGGAACUGCACAUGGCUGUCAAACUGCUUCCCCUUUGUCCCACACUACACUCUAGUCCUCCUUGGUAGUAUCCCAAUAGACUUAAGUGGCGUCCUGUCCUCUCCCUGCCUCUAUUGCCCUCCUCUGUCUGUUAUGAAUUGGAAAAAUUGACCUGUCCCUGUAGAUGUGAGUCAGAGGAACAUCAAAAGGGAGACCAUUUAGGGUAUUGAGCUUCAGCCUUUUCCGUCAUGAAUGCUUCCCUGUGAGAUCAUCUCUCUGGAGCACUCUGUUUGCAUAAAAGUCAUGUUCUGUUGAUGGCAGGGAGGAAUAACCUGUCUCCACCUAAUAUUAUUAUUGACACUGUGGGAAAAACUGUUCGGCCUUUACAACUUUUAUUUUAACAAAGAAUAUGAAACUAGUUACCCAGUUAAAAUGUACACACAAAAGAUCAUUUCCUUCUCUGACCUUUUCCUUUUUUUUUCCAAAGCUAACCUGUAUUAACAUAAAGCACAUAGUUAUGUUGUGUCAUGGAGUAUCUAAGUCCUCAAAACAUUAAGCAAACAAGAUUGAUAAAGCCUAACAGCAUACGUCUCUCUCCACAAUAAGUUUCAAUAGUUUUGAAUCUACAUACAUCUUUUAAAUGCAUGUAACAUGUGGUGGACAAUUUGAAAUGAUUUGAACUUUUAUGCAUAUCAUUAGUGAGCUGUAGGAUAGUAAUCAUUUUAUCUUCUACUGUGAUCAAAUAUUGUUUGCACUGUUAUGCUCUUGUCAGGUAUUAGUGUAAUAUAUUAUGAAAGCA